UUUGUUUCUAAGCUGAACAAUCUGUUCUCCCUAAAGACUGACAGCCUAUGUGGGAAGCCCACAGAUGACGUAAAAGCGCUGAAACCAGAUGAUCUGUUGUCUCUGGCGUACGAACCGCAAAUCCAGAAGGCAUGCCUCCUGAUACUCGUGAAGCUUCAAAAACUGGAGACGGGCUUCCACGAUGGCGUGACUACGUAUUCGGUGCGCAAACGCGUGACGAAGGUUUGAAGUGGUUCUUCUGUCGUACCAGUACGGUUAUUGCCUUGAGCGCGCCAAGAAGAAUUGACAUAUACAUUAGCUUUACAGUUAUAUGCCCAAAUGCUGCUGAUUAUCUUAUCAGACUAGUCGUUCUCGUUCAUUCUCUUUGCUCAGAACGGGCAAUUGUGGUAAUGGGCUCUCUGCUAUCGUCGCUGCUGAGGCAAAAAGAAGCAGAGGUAGUGGAAGGAGGUGAUGGGCCCGAGAUGCAAAUUUGUCCGCUCGUCAAAGAGCGAGGGAAUAGUAGGCAGCGGAAAGAUGAAUGUGUUGUGACAAAGAACUCGGACGAGGGCCGGAAUAAAGAUCCGGCAGACGAGAAGUCCAGUAAGCUUGAACACUGCGUAGAAAGGUCCUCGUCAAGCGACAACAGACGUAGGAGCCCCCGCCUUCUCAUACGCCCUCUCGAACUUGAAGAGCAACGCAAUCGAAGUUUUCCAAUGGCUCAAAUCGCCACCGAGGCAAGUCUACUCGAUAAAAUUGCGGAGGCCGAGGAUCGAAGGAGGAAUGGAGAAAGUCGGGAUGCAAGCGCCACCAUAGAAGACAGCUCCACCUCCAGCUCGCUUGCACAUGCGCUUUAUACAAUGGUCUCUGAAGCUGGAGAUACGGGCUUAACAGUCCGUGAGGCAGGAAGGAAGGUGUUACAGCAGGGGCUAUUGAAACUCUUUGAGCCCGAGGACGUCCCACUUUCGGUGCAAGUUGCAAGAGCUAUGCGAAAGAACGCCUAUUUCAUAGAAGCUGGCGGGAGGUUUAUUUUAUGGAGCACGUUCCUGAGGAGGGAAUGCAGAACAGCUGCGCUGAGACGGAGGCCCAUGGUAGCGUCCGCUUGCAAUCCUAACGACAUGCAGAAUCCAGCACCAAGCAAGAGGAGGAAAGGCACGCCUCUCAAGGCGGAGAUGAGGUGUCGGAAGCGGAGGAGGAGCAACCAGCACUGAAAAACCGGGUACUGUGAAACUGCUCCAAGCUCCUCUUUCCGCUUGAGUGCUUGUUUUCCCUCAGGCUUUUUGUUUGAGUGACUUCCAAGUCAUGCCUUGUCAUGACUCUCUCGACUCUCAGAUCGACAUGAGUGAUCGAGCUUUCACGGGUUUCCUCUUCA